GCCGCUUCCAAACUCAGCUGCUGUAUCAUUGACAAAAUGAUGUGGCUCCUGCUUUUCCUUGGCCCUUGUUUCUUAUUGCCCGGGACCGGGGCGAUCUCUUUUUAUUUGCGCCCUCUCACUAAAAAGUGCCUGAAAGAAGAAAUCCAUAAAGAUGUGUUGGUGACUGGACAGUAUGAGGUGUCUGAGCAGCCCGGUCUCACUUGCGACCUGAAGGUGACUGACUCCAUCGGCCAUAUUCUUUAUUCCAAGGAAGAAGCAAAGAAGGGAAAAUUUGCAUUUACUACUGAUGAUUAUGAUGUGUAUGAAGUCUGCUUUGAGAGCAAAUCUGCAUCUGAUAUGGGUUUCACAGACCAGUUAAUUGUCCUUGAUAUAAAGCACGGUGUGGAAGCAAAGAAUUAUGAAGACGUUGCCAAGACAGAGAAGCUGAAACCACUUGAAGUUGAGCUUAGACGUUUGGAGGAUUUGACACAUUCGGUUGUGAAGGACUUUUCCUAUAUGAAAAAAAGAGAAGAAGAAAUGAGGGACACUAACGAAUCCACCAGUCUUCGUGUCCUCUACUUUAGCAUGUUCUCCAUGUUUUGCCUUGUGGCCCUUGCUACGUGGCAAGUCUGUUACUUAAGGCAUUUUUUCAAGGCAAAGAAACUUAUUGAGUGAAUUGUGUAUUAAAAUCAUAAUAGGUCACUGGUCACAACUGUGUGCCCAUCUUCUGGUGUCCCCUUAUCAGAUGGAGGGCUCAAUAUUUUCAGGUCUAAAAGACAAUUUUUCAACUUGCACAUUCCUACCCACACCAUACCUUUUCACCUGGUCUCCCCCCCCCCCAAAUAAGAAAGUACAUGACCAUAGGUCAUAGAUCACUUUUCUGCCCAAUUUGCUAUCAAGGGAUGUUUCUGUUUUAGAAUGAAUUACUGCAUCUUUGUUUUAAUUAUCUACAGCGCACAAUACAAUGGAGAUUGUUUACAGUAACUGCCAUAGAAACUGGCAUUCAUUAUAUUAUGAACUCUUUUAUGUGGUUUCUGUAAAAUAAAGGAAAGUGUCAUUUUUACUGAAAUAAAUUAAAAAGUUCCCUUUUUAUGUAGCAUCAAAUAAAUUUUUACAUCUGUAUAAUAUGGUUAAAUAAAAAUAUAUGG